AAGAUUUAUCCGGAUUCAAAAUAUCCCUUUCCAAAAUAUUAUAAUCAAAAUUCCGAUUUUGACUCAUCGAGGGUUGUUCGUUCGUUCUGCGAACAUUUCCUUUACUUAGAGGUUUGUUACUUCCCGGAGCUCUGAACUCCAAUCAAAACGAGCCAAAAAAAAAAAAAAUGGCAUUCUUGUUGAACAAAACAACCAUUGCUUCCCAUUUGCGAUCUCACUCCCAGCAGAAGACUGGAGAUUCGGUUUCUCUCUCGCGCCGUCGAUUCCACAUCGAACCCGGGUCUCGCGAAAAAGCUCUCUUGGCAGAAGAUUCAGCUCUGAAGCCAUUCAAAUCUUACAAGCAGAGUGUGAAACAACUGAAAAGAAUUGGAGAUGUUUUAACAAUUGUUGUUGUUGCAGGAUGCUGUUACGAAAUAUAUGUAAGAGCAGCUACGAGAGAAGAAGCUAGGAAACAGUAACAUGCUAAAAGUGCAGAACGAAGUGAAUAUUGGGAUGCUAGUUUUCUGUUGCAUUGUAUUUUUAUGGCAACAAUUUGGACUUUAUGAUUAGCCAUGUUAGAAUAAGCAGAAAAGCAUUUGAACCCAAAUUGCUUGUGCAUUAAUAGUAUUUUCAUCGUUCAAGAUGUGCUCUUUCUGAUGAUAAUGUUUACUGGCAGAUUAUAAAUUUGUGGCUUUAGGUCCGAAUAAUAGACAGAACUUAUUCUAUCAUCAAAUGGUAAGCAGUUAGUUGAA